AUGGCGACGCAGAAGGGCAAGGAGAAGACGGAGGGCCUGGAUGAUGGUGCUCCCGAACCAACUCUGGAGGAGCGUUUGGAGGGCUUGAACCUGCAGGGUGUAGAGGAGGAAGAUUUGGACUUCUUGGAGGAGUUCGAGGAACUAAUCAAGGAUGUCCGUUGUGCGAUGAGGAACGCCUGGGCGGCGGCAAAGGAGGUCACUUUCAAGGUGAUGGCACUGAAUCUCUUUCUGGUCCAACUACACUGCCUUGGUGACUGGACGAGGACAUGCAUCCAAGGUGUCCCUGAGGGGUUGAUGAAGAAGAGGGAAUUGGCGGAGAAAGUAGCGAAGAAGGUGGGUGACUUAAUCACGGUGGUAGUGAACAAAGGGAAGAUCAACCCGACUCCUUAUCUACGGGCUAGGGUCUGGCUUGAGCUGAGCAAGCCGCUGGUGCGUGUGGUUCCCAUCACUUUAAAGAAAAGAAUGAUGUACUUAGUGUAG